AUGCAUGUUCAGAAGCCGGAAGGAGAUGUUCAGGAAAAUCAGAAGUGCAUUCUCAUGGAUAUUACUGGAGAGAAGAGAGCUGUUGCGGAAGGUCGAUGGUCUUCAGAUGAUCCAGAACAGCUAGUGCACUUUGUUCCGUUGGGCCCUAACGCAGUACGUGUAUGGGUUGAUGUUGUCAAGGUGAGUGAUGCCGAAGUGUGGAAGACUACUUCUUUUAUUGAGUGUAUGGAAGAUGCAAUUGGUAGUACUAUAGCAUGGCCGAAGGAUAAAGUGUUGGUCAUCUAA